AUGGAUGUUUGGAUUAUUGCUGCUGCUGCUGGUGCAGGGUAUGUAGCUAAGCGUUUCAAGAAAUUGAAUAUGGGUAAGUGUAACUUUUCAGAUUCGUCAUCCGAGAAUCUUGAAAGUGCGACCAAGGCCCUAGGAACUGUUGUUAACCGAGUGGAGGAUGAUAUUGCAGAAGAAAUGAGUAGACCAAUAGAACGGGCUCUUCCUUGUGCUUCUGCUGUAGAACUGGCUUCUACUAGCGGAUAUCAAACUGAAAAUUUCAUAAUUUCAGGAGAUUUUGUAGGGAAUCGGGAAGUUCGGUUACAUUCUGUCAUGAAUGAAGAUAUUUCUAGCAAGUCGAGCGAAGUUGGAUUUUCUUAUGGCUUUAGACGAAAUAGAAGUAACCUUAGGAGUAGACACGUCAACAAUAGAUGUAUAAAACCUCGUACUUCGCUCGAGAGUUGUCUUAUGGCUCAGUUGUACAACGAACAUGACCAAAUGGAAGAAUAUACUUACUCUACUUGUAUGCCAUGGGAACCAACGUUGAGGCCGUUCAUUGUGACUGAUGGAAGCCAAAUAAUCAGCCGAGCAUCUAAUGAAUCUUGCAGUAAAGGACUUUUUAAGUUAGGAAAAGAUAACAACCGAAAUUGUGCUCCAAGAUUACAGAAUGAUGUGCCGGUGAAAAAACAGCAGGUCGUAACCUCUGAUACUCUCUCCAUGUCAGGGUCAUCGUCAGAUGGUGCUCUUCUUUUCUACCUCGGGCUGACUAUGGGCAUCACAUAUUCUUCAUUACAUCAAAAAAGGGAAAUCGAGAAGUUGAGAAAUUCAUUGAAGCAGACAGAGGAUCUCGUUGAAGAUCUUCAAGAGGAGCUUGAAAUGAAGGAUGCAUCAACUUUGAAAGAGGUUGCUGUAGAGGAUCACGAAUCAGUGGACGUGCAAAAUUAUUCUUACUUUAACGAUCCUAUGCAAUCCCUGUCACCUGAACAGAAAUUGGACUGUUCUCCAAGUAACUUUAAUGAAGAUUAUCGUGAUCGGGAUUCUGAGGAAGAAUCUUUGAGAAAAAUUGAAGCUGAGCUGGAAGCAGAAUUGGACAGGUUGGCGUUGGCGUCAAAUAUGAAGUCGUCCAGCUUGGAAGGGAAAUUGUUGAAUGCAGCUGAGCUCGACUCAGAUCUUCGGCCCGAGUUUUUCGGCACCAAACCCGGUUUUCAACCUAAUGCUGCUCGGGACUCGACCAGCGGCUACUCCUCCCCCACUGCUACCACUCCCUACUCAGUCCACUACCCGGUUUCCCCCCGAGACCUUAGCCUUCGUCUACAUCAAGUCAUCCAGUCGAGACUCGAGGAUCGUGUAAGAGAACUCGAGACAGCUCUCGAGCAAAGCCGGAAAAUAAUCAAUCGGCAAUCCAAGAACAAUAACCCACGUGAAAGUGAAAGCCCGUUUUCUUCAGCAGAAAUAAUACGGCAUGUGGACCAGCCCGUGGUCAUAAAUCUUUCAGGGGAGGCCCUAAGCGCGUACAACGAGGCGUAUGAUGAACUGGCAAAGCUGUCUGAAUCGGACAAUGCCAGCUUGGACAAUUAUGCUGAGCUGUGUUCGGAUAAAAUGACGGUGUCUGGUGCUGACCUGUUGUAUGAUGGGAGUGAAGAUGAGAUGGAGAGGCUGUUGAUAAGGCAGAUUGUGGAGAAGGCGCGGCAAGGCUCGCCUGCGGUUUUGAAGGCGCAAAGGGAUUUGUUUUGCAGUUAA